AUGGGCUCACGUAAUGCAACAGAGUGCUACAACCGCUAUUGCAACAGCUCGCUGGCGCUGAAGCUCAACCCUAUCACUUCUCAAGAGGAGAAUCGAAUUCGUCGCAUGAGAAAGGAUCGACAGUCGUGGAGAAAGAUUGCUCGCAAAUUCCCAGGCCGUACUGACGCCCUUCUCAAAAACUGGUGGUGGCAGAACAACAAGCCAAACCAGAGAGAACUUCGGUCUCAUUAUCACCGCAACGUACAAGAUGUCCCGGCCAAGGAGCCUGGCUGUGACGGCAGUCAGUUUGAAGAGACUGCUGCCAGAAGAAAUUGCCCGGAAACUGCGACGCAAAGGGAAGGCAACAUGGAGGAGCAGACAGCCAACACCGACAUCGGAACACGCCGCAACACCGAGAAGCAAGCCGGCGAGCCACAGACGAGAGAGAGCACGUCUUCUACACCAAAUCACCUGAAAACACCGACACCUACCACCAGAGUCGAGCCGCAGAAAAGUUUCUCUCCUCAAAGAGUCCCAGUUGUCUAUUGCAGAAGGCGAAAUAGGGCUACGGCCCUGCAGAAUCGGGGUUUCGGCGCGAAGCCUCAGCCUCUCAAUACUCAUAACGAAGUCGGCGCCGCUGCUGACACCAAGAUAAGCGCGAUGGCUCACCCCCCGGCCAACCAUGCCAAGAUCGCGAUCGCAAAAUGCGCCGGCAAAAAUGAACAGGUCGCACUGCCCGACGGCAUUGGGUUGGAUGCUGAGUCGGAUGCUGAGCUGGAUGCUGAGCUGGAGGCUGAGUCGGAGGUUGAGCCUGAUGCUGAGCUACAUGUGGAGAUUGACGUCGAAUUGGAUGCUAAAUUUGACGAAGUAGUAGUCGACGAAGUAGAUACAGAACUAAGUCCAGAUGCCGAGCUAGACACAAGACUGGAUUCUGAGUCCGGCUUCGAAAUCGAUUCUGUACUCGAAACUAUGCUUGACGGUGAGGUAGGCAAAUUUGAUGCCGAGGUAGCCGGUGAGCUAGUUGCAGUUGUCGCCGGCGUCGUGUCGGAAGAUGUGGCGACAUUUAGACUCAACUCUUGGGACCUGGGAACUCGGAGAAACAUUGCACCUGUGAAGGAGAAAUCUGACGACCACCAAAUAGAAGACGAAAGCGCGGCAGCGGGGAGCGGAGUUGUAUAUGAUACGGUAUAA